ACUCAUGAUGUCCGAGAGCGAAGAGUGGGAACUUGAAGAGGAAGCUGUUGUAGUUGUUGAGCUGUCGGGGAUAAUAGACAAUGACACUGUCACAAAAAAAGGCACCAAAUACAAAAUAUUGGGUGCAGAGACAGAACAGCCAGUGAUGCAGGUGGACCGCUAUAUAUUUGUAGGUGAAUAUGAAGACACAGUAGGUGCUGCUAUCAUCAUGGAGCCAGAACCAACAGAGAGUGAUCAAAGCAAACUGAAGUAUAAGUGCCAUACAUUAAAGAAGUUGUCUAUGCAGAGAGCUUUCUUAGAAGCAAAAGAUGUUGAAAAACUUGCAGGCCAAUCAACUGAUGGUGCAGAGCAAGUAAGUGAGGGUGCUGUACAUGAGGGUGGAGAGGGGAUGAUGGAGGGAGCUGAAACUGAAGAUAUGAACCAAUGAAAAGCCCGCAUUGCCAUCAGGUGGUAAAAAAAAGAUCAAACAGCAGGAAGUAGUGCUCUCCUUGCUGCGGAGAAAGGGUGGUACCCUGGGUGGGCUUUAAGCCAGCUAAAGGGAUGGAGCACAUGAUAGGUGUCCAUGCAUGGUCAAAGGCAAGAGAAAUUGGACCAAGCUUGAAGUAUAGCAUGUCAAUAGCCUGUUAUUUGCUGUAGGCUGAAACAAGGCAGUUAAUCCUGCUUUCCAAAACAUUGCAGGUGGUGGUGUUUUUUUUGUAUGGAAACAAAGCACAUAAGCUGCAUUGGACACAAAAACAUAGCCCUAGUUGAGUUUGCAACACCAGAUUUGAUGCCCUUUUAUUAGUGAAAACAACAAGAGUUGGUAAAUCUUGUCAGAGAUUUAUGGUAACAUGCUUUAGUUUGGUUGGUUGAUAGUGUGAAGUUAUAGAAUUUUACUUCUGGUUAUCAUCAAGUACAUGAUGUUGUCAUAAAUCUAUAGGAAGUUAUUUGAGAAGGGGGCUUGUCAGAACUUUCCCAGCCCUUCUCAUAUGUCAAAGAAUUAUAGAAUUGAUACCAAAGAAGUAGAGUCAGUAAGUGGAGAAGACAAUAUUAUGUUUAUCAUGAUAACUUCUAGUUUUUAAUUGGAGGCUGUUACAAACUGAAAUUUGAAGAAAAUCUUUGUGAUUUUGAAUUACAAUUUUUAAUUGGUGAAACAGAAGUAGAUGACAUCACAUACCCAAGGCUGUCAUUUAAAAGCACCCUGAGGUGUUCAAAGAUUUCACUUUUAAAUAUAUGUAUUUUCAUCCCUUCUGUUAACGAUGCAGUUGUAUCAUUUUGACCAUUUUGAAUUUUUUAAAGAUUAAUCAAUUUGAAAUUCAAAUGUUGAGAUAUCUGAA